GGAGGGCAAUGCAAUUGGGUUUCUGGAGCCUCUAGAUCGACGGCUGAAAAUGGCCGAGAAACAGAUCAUACGACCGCGCAAGGCUUGCGCUAAAAAAUUCGAAGAACAAAUGAAAGAGGAACCGUUCCACCUGCGCAUUAAGAAGUUCUUCCCCAUUCAAAAGGCCAAAUACAUUGUGACGGAAGUGAUGCCCAAACUCACCCACGAGAACGACGGCUUAAUCCUUACGCCUGUGCGUAUGCGCUAUGUAUCUGGAAGGUUUCUGAAGCUGAUGAAGUGGAAACCCCCAGAGCUCAACAGUGUUGAUUUUCUGCUGAAGUUUGAGAUCACUGGCAAUGCGGGCGAGCGCAAAGUCCCCAGGGCGGUGCGUAAGGGUCUGUGUCGAGUGUUUAGUACUGAGAUGUGCCUGGACUUUGCGUGGUGUUCCAUGUGGCUUUGGUGA